AUGCACAGCCACAAGAAGGCGAACAAGGACAUCCACAGUCAGCCGACGAGCCUCGCAUGCCUGCUGUUAGUGCUUGCAAUUGCCUCUGAGCCUGUGACAGCGGCUAAUGUGACCGCUUUGACGGGAACAUGGACCAGUGGUAGUGGCAAGGUCUUGACUGGACUGAACUUCUUCAAUCCGAUCAGCAAGAACUUCACGCUACCGACAUCGGGCGGAAUCUCGUACUCAUUUGUUGAGGACCUGCCGACAGGAGGUCAUUUUGAGACAAGCACGUUCUCAUACACCAGCAAUUCUGCUACAAAUCGAUGCUUCACAGCUGCGCUCACUUGGCAACACGGAACCUUCACAAACAAUGCCAAUGGCUCGCUAUCACUCACCCCAUACGCAGCUGACGGUAUGGUGCAAGUGAUGGAUCCCUGUGCAGCAGAGUCGACUGCACAAUACUCCUACAGCCAGUUCGAGCUCAUUCCUGAAUGGUAUAACUACGUCGAGACUGCCACGGGAUUCGACAACAUCGAUGGCUCGGCCUAUGCGAUGCAGAUGUACAACGACGACGGAACAGGAGCGGCUGGAAGUGGCAAGAAUGUGAUGUAUCUGGUGACUCGCCCUCCCACGAUGCUCCCAACAGACCAGCUGUUCGAGACAGUGCUUAACCCGACCACAUAG